AUGGACAUUGAUGGGGGCGAGGUGCCACAGGGGCAGGAGUCGUCCGUAUCCCGAGCAUGUGACAACUGUCGCAUUCGAAAGAUCAGAUGUGAUCGAGCCUCACCCUGCUCCAAUUGCCGAGUCGCAAAGUCUUCUUGUCGAACCUCUCCACGAGUUAGAGACAAGCGGCAGAGGGUUUUAAUUUCUCAUCAAUAUGAGAAAAAGAUCGAAAUUAUUGACCAGCGUCUUGCGGGGAUUGAGCAACUUUUACGGUACCUUGCCGUCGGCGACAAAAAUUAUAAACCUCCUUCACAAACCCAUGGAUCGUUAUCCCCCUCGCCCAGCUCGAAUGCAUUUCAUCCAGAUGCGUUGGAACAAAGAGACCGGCCGCCACUUCAUGCCUCUGCAAUUGCACCCACCGCGGAACCAGCAGCAGAGCGAGGGGCAGAGUCGAGAACGAGGAAAACCCCGGAUGCUGAAUUCGAAGGGGAGCCCUCGAUGAGCGCCCAUUCUGCACACGCCAGCGAGUUGUUUGAAAAUGCCGUGGUCAAAUCUCCAUUGGCAGAGCAUAACCCGCAGAUGAUGGAUGCGCUCUCAGCCCUGAAGGAUAUUGUUGAGAGAACAAAGCUGUCGUCCUCCAUUCAUACGUUGCGAUUUGCAGGGCAGAAACUCCAACCCACCAAGGUCGAUCUGUCGAAGCUGGAGAUGCCGCCGGUGGAGGCGGUGCUCGCUCUGCUGAGGAAGGCAAAAGUAGAAUCCCACCCUUUCUUCCUGUUGAACCUCCCUUUCCUCCACUUGUCCACCAUCACCCAACUCUGCAAAGAUCUCUAUUUUUGCCCAGAUGAAACCUCCACCGCCAACUUCGCCAUCGUAAACUGCAUUCUAGGCUACAUGUUUGACGAAGUACAGCAUUUCCAUCCAAACUCUAACUCCCAGUCCCCUCCCUCGGGCCCUCACCACCCUCAACACCUCCAGCCGCCGCCGCCGCCACCACCACCGUUAGCAUCAUUCUCCUCCUCAGCCAUCUCCCAGUACACCGUAACCUGCCGCACAAACUUCGAAACGGCCCUCAGCACCUUUGACCUCUUCCUCGAGCCCUCUUAUGAGAACAUCCAGGCCCUAGCUUUAGGUGCCUUCCACGCCACCGAGGCUUCCAAACCCUCUCUAUGUUGGACCUUCGUCAGCGCCGCAGCGCGCAUGUGCCAGAGUCUAGGUUACCACCACUCCGUCUCGGGCGCAGGGGUCAGCGAAGAGGAGCAGUAUCGGAGAAGAGCCCUCUUCUGGUUCAUCUAUGUGCUGGAUAAGGACCUGACACUAUUGCUGGGCCGCAGCUCUACCCUUCAGGACUACGACAUCUCUCUUGCAUACCCAGGCCCGCCGUCGGACCCGAAAUUGCGGUCAUGGUACCAGAUGUUUGAAGGAUGGGUGACGUAUUCGACGAUUGCCGCGCAGAUCUAUGAGAAGCUGUAUUCAGCACUGGCGUUGUCGGAAAGUAGCGCAAUGCGGACGGAGAGGGCCUGCAGUUUAGCCAUGGAUGUUGAACGGUGGAGAGCGACGCAUAUUUCCGUUGCGCUGUUGUAUGUGGACGUUAGAAUGAGGGAGUGGGCGCAGAGAGGCGGGGCCGGUGCUGGUGCUGGUGCUGGUGCUGGUGCUGGUGCUGGUGCUAAUGCUAAUAAUGCUGUUGCUGUUGCUGUUACUAAUUCCGGUGUUGGUAUCGGCGCUGUUGUCGGUGAGGGGGGGGGAGGUGGUCAUGGCAUGGUAGGUGAUCCGCAGCAGAUGGAGCAGCAGUGGGGAGCUGGUGAAGUUGACAGUUACCUGUGGGAGUUGGGCUUUGGGGUUCCAGCCGGCAGGAUGCUGAGCAUGGGUAGCAGUAAUGAUUUGGGCAUUGUAGCGGGCAGUGGCGGAGGCGACAAUGAUGAUGGCAGCGUUCAGGCAGCGUCGUCGUCGUCGUUGCAGGAUUGGUAUCGUGGGAACCAGUAUAUGAUGGGGUUAUUGGAGUCUGAUUUGUAG